AUGUGUGCGCCCAAAUGUGUGCCUCUUCGUGUGCUCGCCCGUAUGUUUUCAGCGCGUGUGUUCUCGAAUCGCUGUGCUCCUCGCAACUCGGUCUGCCUCAAGCUUGAUAGCGCACGUCGGAUUCAAGAUCUCGAGUCUCAAUGGCCAAGUUUUACCCCCUGGGUUGAUAUUUCGAGCCUCAAGAUGUCUUUGCUUGAACAAGACUCCCUGCGCCUCGCGAUUGUGCGUAAUGAGGCGAUGUGUGCCAACUACUAUGACGAAGACUCAAGGCCACCGAAAAUUCGAUGCUGCGCCCCUGCAUCUCGAGCUCUUCCCACCAAGCCCGUCUGCCCGCCCGCCCUCGAAGCGUUUCAACGUUUCAGCCGCGUACGCAUUCAGCAAUGCCCUCAUUCGACGAUCCCGUCUGCUGUCUGUACCUUAUCGAUUCGUCCUUAUAGUAAGUAUGUCCUCUGGGUAAGUGCGUGCACCUAUCUAUUCCCAUCCGUCGAAGUACCUCUGUAG